GUAUUUUAGUCCCCUCCUGAAUUAUCCAGCAGGGGGCAGCAAUCAGCAGCCAGCUUGCCUGUAGAGUGAUUUUUAUUUCCGGUAAAACAGCGUCAGCUAUUGGUGGAAACAGUGGUCUGUUUUGUAACUGUUGCCAAACUCUUUUGUAACUGAUAAAUGUUUCAAAUUGACGGCGAUAAGCGGUGACCUGCAGUGCUGUGUGCCGGUUUUGAGUCCAGCAGGUCUUUUGGCGUACACGGAUAAGACGGCAGGCCGCCUCCAGCAGCUUCUCCCUCGGCCCUCACAGCAGAAUGUCCUCGGUGCCCAAAGUGACACUGUCCGGAGGUCUGGAGAUCUGCCGGGUCCUGAACGGGAUGUGGCAGGUGUCCGGGGCGCACGGAGCGGUGGAUAAAAUCAGGGCAGUUGAGGCCAUGCAGGAGUAUGUAGAUGCCGGUUUAACCACAUUCGACAUGGCAGACAUUUACGGGCCUGCAGAGGAAAUCUUUGGACAGUUUAACAGCCAGCUGAAGUCCAAAUCCUCUGGGAGUCUCAGCCCGGCUCUGCAGGGUUUGACUAAAUAUGUACCGAGACCUGGACUGAUGGAGCGCAAGGUGGUGGAGAAGGCGUUGCAGCGGUCCAUGACUCGAAUGCAGGUGGACACCCUGGACUGUGUUCAGUUUCACUGGUGGGACUAUGGGGACAAGAGAUAUCUGGAGGCACUGGGUCACCUCUCUGACCUGCAGCAGGAAGGAGUCAUACGUGAGCUCGCCCUCACUAACUUUGACACACAGAGGUUGGAAGAGAUCACCAGCAAAGGCAUCCGCAUUUCCAGCAACCAGGUUCAGUACUCGGUGAUUGACCAGCGACCUGCAGCCAGGAUGGAGCAGUUCUGUGUGGCCAACAACAUUAAGCUCCUCACUUACGGCACGCUCGCUGGCGGUCUGCUCUCUGAACGCUAUCUCGGAAAGGUGGAGCCUAUGUCUAGGGCGGAGCUCUACACCGCCUCCCUUUCCAAGUACAAGAACAUGAUCGACACUUGGGGUGGCUGGAGUCUUUUCCAAGAUCUCCUCGCCACCUUGGAGACGGUAGCUAAGAGACGUGACUCCUCAAUAGCCAGUGUGGCGACGCGUUACGUGCUGGACCGGCCUGCAGUGGGUGGAGUCAUUGUGGGUUGCCGACUAGGCGUCGCAGGGGCGGGGCAGCACAUCAGUGACAGCCUGCGAAGCUGCAGCUCUGACCUGAAGCUGACGGCUGAAGAUCUCGCUGCCAUCGAAGCAGUGACACAACGCUCCAGGGACCUCAUGGCGAUCAUCGGGGACUGUGGGGACGAGUACAGGAACUAAAGAGGGAGGGGGGACUGACUAACUGGAUGUGACAGAUCACUGCAGAGGAGGAGGAGGAGGACGAAAUAAGAGGAAAUGGAAAGAUCUCCCACAGCACAUGGAAAAGAGAGAAAAAAAGCUAUUUUUUGGUCUUUUUAAUGAAUUUUUUCUUUGACUUUUACAACCCUCCACCCCCCAAAAACCAUCUAAGAAUCCCUUUAUUUGGAAUAAUUUUCCCAUUUUAUAUGCCUAAACCACUGAGGUGUUUUAAGAAGCUUCUCCUUGAAUGCAGUCGCACUGAGAUGCUCAGUUAUACAUUCAAGUGUCAAGUGUGUCCUUAAGCCUUAAACAUUCAGAGAAAUUUCUCUUUUUGUAUCUCCUUAAAAUAAAUGUAUUUUUCCGUUAGCUUUAGUAAAUUAAAAUAAAGCUAAAGUUGCAUCUUGCAAUGAACAUAGGACCAAAAUAUAUGAAUGUAUGUACCAUAUUCUAUUUACUCACAGGGUGUGGUGUUCAGUGAUGUGUAAGGAUGUAGGGAAGCCUGGAGCACUGUUGUACUAAAUGAAUUUAAGACAAAAGCAUGUAAUUAAUCAAGGAGCUCUAUCAUUUGGACUUUAUAAUAAAAGAUAAAUACUUAUUGCAAAUUUAGCAGUGGAAGAAGUAACCAGGUGAUGGAUAACUCUGUUAUUUCUUGUCAACAAAAUUCAUACGACUCCCAAUUUUCAUCAUAAAUGUAUGGGGAAUUAUGCUUAUGUGUGUAUGUGUGCAUAUUUUUUUUUUCAAAAUAUUUUGAAAGAUACUUUUGUCAUGUACCUGAAAAGACUAAUUACAGGGAAGACGAAUAUGGGAGUGCGAUAAUGUUAUUUUAUGUUUUCAUCUUUUCGGUUGACUUUCUCAUUUCUCUUCUUACUAAAUGAACUUUUUUCUU